CAGACAAGCGGACGAACGUCCUUAUCUUGUUGGAACUACCCUAGUCUCGUCUCUAUACUUCUACCUCCUCAUCCCAUCUCUCUUUCACCUGGUUGUGGUCGCCCAUUGGCCUCAGGAGGAUGUCUUGUGUGCUCAUCCACCUGCGGCAACGCCCCCUCGGCUCUCGACCACUGCGCUCCCUCCCUUCUACCCUCCUCCCAGUCCGGCACAUGUCGAUUGUUCUGUCCUGAUCCUUGACUAUCGCUGCCGACCGCACGCCACGGUCUAAACCUGCUUCGUUCCAGUCAAGAUGCUCGGGAGGCUCUUGCCAGGCUAUGGGAAAGGGAACCCCCUCGAAAGCAUUACCGAUGAAUCCCACACCCGCUCUUUGCUGUGGCCCGAGUUUCACUCUCCUGAUAUAAGGCCGAACUCCAUCUCACCGCCUACCACUCCAUUUGGUUCUCCUCCCCAUCGCCCAACACCCUUCGACGAUAGCUCAGGCCUCGACUUGAACGAAGCAAAAGACAUACAGCUCAUUGUUGCACAGGACGUUUUUGGCGCUAACGAUCGUCCCUUACUCUUGUUCGACUCGCAGGCAUCAGACUCGGCUAUUACUUCCGCACAUCGAUCCAACGUCUCGCCACCCACUACCCCUUCUGCUUCACGCGGCGAAGCCCCCAUCCCCAUAGUCAAGCAUGCCCGCAAUCGGAGUUCAACCAUAUCGGGCACUUCCUCCUUUGGUACGACCAAGGAGUCAGAAACCACAGAUCACCUUGGCAAUGUUCUCGAUUGUAUGUUUGGCGUAAGCAGCGCCACAAAACUCGACUCGAGCACCAAGAUGCACUUCUUACCCGGAGAUCGCAGUUCGCCCACUGACAUUGCUCCGCGCACCCCAUCCGCCGUCCCAGGCAGUCCUGCCCAAACGCGCACUCCUCUCAUUCGCUCUCGUACGGCUACGCAAGCCAUCUAUACUCAUCGGAGACUUGCUUCGUCAAAACAAAUUGAGUCCGAACCCCGAGACGCCAUUUUGAUCACUCGCAUGUUCUCCAUCAAUUUGCCAGACGCACAGGAGGACAUCAGGCAACACAGAAGUUCGUCCACGGACCUCUUGGACGGUAUCCGCCCGAUAUUGUCGCCGCAGGACCCCCAUGAUCUACCAGCGAUCGCGAAGAAACCAAAGAUUGUGGAGAAGAAGACCCCCAUCUUCGCGGUCGGCCUCAUCUGCUACCUCCCUGGUCCUGAAACCCGGCCCGGCACUUCAGGUGCUCGGCCGUCAUCCAGAGCAUCCUUCACCCCAUCAGGCACACCCAAUUCAUACGGCUCGGACUACAUGUCUCCAUGGCAGUUCUUGUCAGUCAUCCCUGAACAUCUGCAAACCCUCGAUUCGAGCACAACCUUGAGCGACAAAGGUGUCGAUAUCAUUGUUAGUAAUUGGGACGUCAUCCUGCGAAGUCUGCGUGUGGUUGAGAAGGCAGCCCGUGCAGAAGUUAGUGCCCUGCUUCAGCAGGUGAAUCUUGCCAUCAUCUCAUCUGCUGCGAAGGCACCCAAGGGACCUGCCGAGCAACGCACCAAUCAGCGCAACGUCUAUCUCCAGACAGCUUGUGUGAUCAACCGCAAUGCCCAAUUUCAGUCUCUGAUCAAACAGACCUUGUGGCGCGUGGCCUACGCAUUCCGUGUUCCUCGGGUUCAGACCGGCUUCGGUCUCGAUAAUGGUGGCCACUGGUUAGACGAGGCGCGGAUUCUCAUGCGUAUUAGCGGUAACAAGCCGCAAAAUUUCUUCCUCUUCAACCUAUUGACCGCCUUCCUUGGCAGUCACACCGAUUGGCUUGAGAGAUUGAGCCCAGACUGGUAUCGCAAGCAAUUCAAGUCGAUGAAUCGGGGCAAAUCCCGGCCAAACAAUCUAGCUUCUCGCACAGUGGUCAUCUGUGAUAAUCGCUCUACCGCAAGACGCUUCAUCUUCUUACUGGCAUCUUUUCUGCCUCGAUCUUCACACGCUAGCCUAAUGCUCAAAUCUGGGGCUGACUUUGGAUCGCCCCUUCUGACGCCGGACAUGAUGUCCUCGUCUCCUGCCGGCAGAGGUCUCUUUGACAGCCAGUCGCGCCGCCACGUCCACACCGUGGCAAAAGAUGGGACUCUGACAUUCCCACGGCGUGACGUUACCGGGCUUUCCACCAGUGCCUCGUCCAGUGGAAGCAUUGGAGGCAUUGGAAAGGCGUUUCGGACCGACCCACAAUCUGCCCAUGCCAACAUCAUUGCCGAGGGUAGGAAUGAUGGCCAUCAAGCCCUUGUGACGCCCAGAGAAGGCCUGAGCCAUCGGCACAAAACAAACGCGACUAGCUCGACCGCCACGCCUAAUGCAGGAACUCCAGUGCCUCACUUUACCGUCAAACAUGACGGAUAUUUCCCAGAGUACGCGAUUGCUGACGGUGAAGAGGCCGGGGCGAGUGCUGAUCUCGCCCGUAUACUCCGCCGAGAUAGUACUAGCAGUACUUUGGCGACACCAUCAUUUGCCAAAUGGGGCUCACUGAUCAGCAAUGUCAGUGGACUCUGGAAGGGCAAACAGGAGCUGCCCGCGCCAACUUUGGAGGAAACCCCGCAGCCCAGCUCCGGCAGCCUCAGAACUCGCCGCCCGCAUGCACCAACAUCAGUGCCUAUCCAGCGUCGCAAAUACAACACAUUGGAGUCGAUGGUCAGUGAAGCCAACUCUCUUGGGCAACAAUCCAUUGAGGUUUUCGAGGAGACGGCCACCGUCGCUGCCAAGCGAGCGCCUGAGACUCUCACUGAGACUGCGCCACCUCGACUGACCGUGGACGACAGAGAUGGUGUGAUCGAUGUUGACAUCAACAUGCCUGGUUUUGUAGGGUGGAGUGACCAUAGGACCACGUCCAUUCCUCCGUCUUUGCAUCAUCAGUCGUCAUCCGUUUUCAGCGAUGGAGUUGUGUCCUCAUGUAGUUCAAGGUCCCACACGAUUGAGAAGAAUCAGAGGAGCAAUGUCAAUGUUGCAGGGUACCUCCAGCGCUAUCACGAGGAUUUCAGCUUGCAAGGUCUGAAAUAUUAUAAGGACUUGCAACGUGAUGUCAGGCAAAGCAUGCUGCGGGAACAGACACCGGUUGAUGACAUUUCCAACUCGUUUGUGGAGAUUGCCGAGAAUGGUGACCGUUGGGUCAAUGUGUGCACAACGCUUCUCGCUGAUGUGCGGACAUUUACGAUUCAGCGUCUCACACUCCGACGCAAGACAGGUAGCAUUGAUGGCUUGAACAGGAAGAGCACUCAUCAACUACGCGAGACCCCGACUGACGGCGACACGAGCCAGCGAACAGCCAGGGAAAACGAUUCGGAAGAGUUUAUCGUGGAGACUGUGAUGGAUUGUGAUGCGAUCCUAACUGAUGCCAUUGAGCGAGUCUUGAACGAAGGCGAAGCAGUCAAGCAUAAAUCAGUCAACACGUCGAGGGCCCACUCCAGAGCAGUGUCCCUAGGCACCAGCGACUCGAUCAAAUCUGAACCUCUCGACAUUGCGGGCUCUGCCAAGUCGAGAGAGUAUGCGCACACUGGGAUCCUCUCACAGUCAGACUGCCGUCAUGCAGUGGUGGGUGCUUUGGAGGAGGUUGUCAAGAGUGUCAACGACGAUCUGACCAAGCACCAUCGAAACACCGAGGGCAGAAUGCAAAUUGACGAUGUCGUUCUCACCCAAGAACUGAAGCAGGACAACGUGUUGCGAGAAGGGGUUAAGAAAUGGCUGUUGAACGUGGAAACGCGAAGUGUAUGGUGAUAUGUACAUAUGACGACUGAUGAACCAACACGGUGGGCGAGAUGAACGAGGCUCUUUUUGUCUUUUUGGCAGAAUCUUGUGGUUAGCGAAGAUACCCGAUAUGAUCCAAUCAAUGUAUUACUAGAUAUUCAUUCUUCG